AUGAAAGACGGUGAUUCUGAUAAAUCUUAUAGAUUUUUCUUAAGGAAAAGGGAUAGUCAUAGUUCAUCUACCAGUUCAUUGAUAUCAAGUGUUGGAUCUAAUAGUAGCAAUUCCGAUGAAAAGAAAAAGAAACGAUCACAUUUAUCAUUAACACGAUUUCUUAAAAAGUUCAAACAUGAAGAAAAGGAAGAGAAGAAAAGAUUACAUUUUUUACCUCCUCAUAGUUCAGAAUUAUACAAGAAGUAUACAAAAGGAAGAUUAUUAGGUUCAGGGGCCAGUGGGUCGGUAAAUCUACUUCAAUUGAAAACUGACCCCACUAAAAUCUUUGCUGUAAAGAAAUUUCGAAGUAAAUUACCCAAUGAAUCUGAAAGUGAUUAUAAAGUCAAAGUUAAUAAUGAAUUCAAGAUCGGUGAAAUAUUACAUCAUGAAAAUUUAAUUCACACUAUAGAAUUGAUCAAAGAAAGUAAUGGAAUUUUGAGUAAUAUAGAAUAUUAUAUCAUAAUGGAAUAUUGUAAGUAUGACUUCUUCAAUUUGGUUAUGAGUAGAUUAAUGACAAGCGAAGAAGUCCAUUGUUAUUUUAAACAAAUCAUUAAUGGAGUGGAAUACUUACAUUCAAUUGGUUUGGCUCAUAGAGAUUUGAAAUUAGAUAAUUGUGUAGUGAAUUCUCAGGGAAUAUUAAAAUUGAUUGAUUUUGGUUCAGCAGUACAAUUUAGGAAACUGUCCACUCAUGAAGAUUUGACCCCCGAUGAAACAAUCAUUGUGGGAGAAAGUAAAUAUAAAUUAAUAUUAUCCAAAGGUGUGGUUGGUAGUGAUCCAUAUUUAGCACCAGAAGUUUUUGAUGAAGAAGGUUAUGAUGGUAGAAAAGUUGAUGUUUGGUCAAUUGCAAUCAUUUAUUGUUGUAUGAUAUUAAGAAGAUUCCCAUGGAAAUUACCUAAAACAAGUGACAAUUCCUAUAAACAAUUCAUUCAAGAUGAUAGAAAGUUAUUAGCAUUAUUACCAGAAAAUAGCAGGUCAAUGAUAAAGCGAAUGUUAGAUACUAAAGACAAACGUAUUUUGUUAGAUGAAGUUAAACAACAUGAAUUUUAUGAAAAGAUUGAAUACUGUACUACGGGUAAUUCACUUCAUCAACACAAUUUAGUUACUGAAGAAGAAUUAGAACAAAUCAAUAAGGAGAGGGAGGUUUUAAAAAAAUUAAAGAAUACAGGUAUAGCAUAG